CAAACUUUUAAAAACCAAGAAGAGAACAUUUGAUGACAGUUGUCAUUUAAAAUAACAGGCAGAUCAUCUGUUAUAAAAAUGUUUGUGUGUGUCUAUCUCUCGCAUUGUGGAUGCUGCAGCUGUUAUGUAUUGGUUCAUCAAUCCACCUCUUCUAUCUGUCUCUCUACAGCCCCAUACCCCUGGGACACACUGUGAUAGUGGAUAGUAAAGUGGAGAAAACUGAGGGUCGGAAGGUCUAUGCCACUUGUCAUAUCCGAAGCCACGAUGAUAAAGUCAUUCAUACAGAGGCAACAGGUGAGGCUGGGACACAGAAUGCAAAUCUCUCUCUCACGGGGCGAAGGAAAAACUAAAUAAUUAGUGGUUUUACACCAUGUGCACCAUCUUGUUACAAAACCUGAACUAAUUCCAGCCCAUGUUGUACAUAGAUCUUUCAUUGUCAGUCAUGUAAUUCCUGUUUUCUGUGUUUGUGUCAGUGACCUGAUGCCAAGCACAUCUGUUUGCCCAGACAUUUAUUACAUAUGAGCAGUCACCCUGCAAAGGAUUCCCUGCAUUGCACUUCCUUGUUGUAUUUGCAUUUGCUUCCAGUGUCCUUAAUGUGUUUCUUUUUGUUUUUUUAGCUUUGUUCAUCAAGUUGAACCCAUGAGACAACGAAGUUGGUGGAUCCCCUAACAAACGAGGGGAACUGUUUGAGUAAAUUUGGCUGUGGAUGCAUUAUAGAACAGAGCUAACACCCAGUAGGUUUUACCCCAGAUGGGGCAGAACAGAAGGUGUGUCAGAGACAGU